UAGAACGAUGAUUUAUAUUGGCGGUUAUGGGGGUUUUUUUUUUCAUACAAACAGAAAAACUAAGUGAAUGAGAAUUCCAUAGAAAGAGUGUGAUUCAAAAAAAUUGUGUCCAGAAAUAGCCACAUAAAAACAAGAUAAAGUCUCUAGAAUAAAAACAAGAUAACUUCUCCAGGCAUAAAAACAAGAUGCCUUCUACAGGUGUGAGCUGCUGAAACAGGGUUCUUGCUUACUUGGCUGCAGGUGGAAAGUUAGGGAGACAAGUGUUCUGGUGUGGGGACUUAAGCUGCCAUACACAAAUAGGAGCCGGAAAUUGAAAGAGCAGAAGAGAGCAACGGUGGAAUUCAGAAGUGGAAAGGGAAGGACACGAGAAGGAUAUGAUGGGUACGAGUGGAUCAAUGCAGUGGGGAUUGAGAUUGAAAGGGAAAAUUUUGGUUGGUUUAGUUGUAGCUUCACUGGUGGUUGCAGCAGAAUCAAGAUUAUUGCAACAAGAAGAUUCAACGCACAAUAAGACUCAAACUCACAACAGCACUCAAGCUCACAACGCAACUCAAACUCACCACACAGCUCAAACUCUCAAUACAACUCAAAACCUUGUCCACCCUCAUCAAGGAAACAAGAGUCGUUCAGAUUAUAAACAUGUUUGGCCGAAAAUGAAAUUUGGCUGGAAGAUGGUGGUGGGAGCAAUAGUUGGAUUCCUUGGAGCAGCAUUUGGGAGUGCAGGAGGUGUUGGUGGGGGUGGCAUUUUUGUUCCAAUGCUCACCCUGAUUGUGGGGUUUGAUGCAAAAUCCUCAAUAGCCAUAUCAAAAUGUAUGAUCACAGGAGCAGCUGCUGCAACAGUAUACUACAAUUUGAGACAGAGGCAUCCCACACUUGAAAUGCCUGUUAUUGACUAUGAUCUUGCUCUCCUUUUCCAACCAAUGCUGGUUCUGGGAGUUAGCAUUGGAGUUACUUCCAAUGUGGUUUUUGCUGAUUGGAUGAUCACAGUUCUGCUAAUUAUUAUCUUCAUUUUUAUGUCAACCAAGGCAUUCUUGAAGGGUAUUGAGACAUGGAAGAAAGAAACCAUAGCAAAAAAGGGGGCUAUCAGAUGCCACGAAUCGAACGGCGAAGAUGUUGAAGUUGUGGUUCCAAAACCUCCUCCUGAAAGCAUAAGUGAAAGUGCUCAAACAGAAACAAAUAAUCCUAAAAAGGACAAAGCAAAGGUCUCUAUUGUGGAAAAUGUAUACUGGAAAGCACUUGGACUUCUCUUUGCUGUAUGGUUGAUGAUCCUCGCAUUGCAGAUUGCCAAGAAUUACUCAAGAACUUGCUCCGUGCCAUAUUGGUUGCUAGACUUUUCUCAGAUUCCAGUUGCAGCUUCAGUAACUAUAUACCAGGCAGUUCGCCUUUACAAAGGACGAAGAAAGAUUGCAUCAAAAGGAGAAGCAGGGACCAAUUGGCGAGUACUCAAGUUGAUUAUUUAUUGUUUCCUUGGUCUAGUAGCUGGUAUGGUUGGUGGGUUGCUUGGUCUUGGUGGAGGUUUCAUUUUAGGUCCACUUUUUCUUGAAAUGGGAAUCCCACCUCAGGUUUCAAGUGCCACAGCCACCUUUGCAAUGACAUUUUCUGCUUCCAUGUCUGUGGUAGAAUAUUACCUUCUAAAACGUUUCCCAGUUCCCUAUGCUCUCUAUUUCUUUGUUGUGACCACCAUAGCCGGCUUUGUUGGGCAGCAUGUGGUAAAAAAGGUGAUCAAUAUGUUGGGAAGAGCAUCUAUAAUCAUCUUCAUUUUGUCCUUCACAAUCUUGAUCAGUGCAAUGUCACUAGGAGGUGUUGGCUUAGCAGACAUGAUCAAGAAGAUUGAGAGGAAGGAGUACAUGGGAUUUGAUGACAUUUGUUCAUAUGCAUAGACCCAUCAGCAUCUGAAUGGAACUCAAACUCCUCGGUGAAAAAGCAGCAGUGAAGAUCUACAAGGGCACAGAUAGGAGUGGGUGUCUAUGUUUAAUUUUGAGUUUAGAAUGUAACCCCUUUGCCCUAAUUCAAUUUAGGAUGGCUAGUUGAAAGCUUUCAUUGUCUAUCAAUAUUUUCUUUAUCAAGUUAAGCGGGGUUGCUCUUCUUCUCU